AUGAAAAUAUUGCUAAUUCCUGCUGCACUCUAUUUUAUUAUUACUGGAUGGUUCUUAUUAACUGAUUCUAAAUUACCAUAUUAUCCAUUUUAGCAUGUCUUCUAUUUAAUUCCUUAUGUAAAAUACAUAUUUAAUUAGCCAUUAAUCUAAUCAUUGGUAAUCAUCUUAUUGGGAAUUUGUGUAUUUUUAGAUUAAAAGCGAUUGUUAUGUAUUUUCAUGUUGUUAGCCAUUUCUGACAUGAUUAUUAUUUUAUACUAAGCCUAUUCUCUAUACAUGUAAGAAUUGAGUGAGGCACUUAAUCAGUAACAAUCGAAUUUUAUAGUUAAGUGUUGGAUAUAAAUGCUUUCUCUUAGGCAUAAUCUUGGAAUCAAUGAGAAACAAUGUGGAAUAAUAAAUAAGCAAAUAAAAAUGA